AUUGAAAGGGCCAUUUGGAGAAGCACUACUUUCUGCGGGGCCAUUUAUUUUCUUUUCGGCCUUUUGCUCGCAGCGGCUUACCCUGCUGUCUCGUCCGACAACAUUCUGCAGGAGAUGUUGGCUUCAAGCGGCACGCCUGUAUUUGCGCAGCUGGCCAUCUUUGCUUUUGACCUUUUCACUAUUCUUCCCGGCAUCUUGGUGUACUGCAUAGCCACGCGCUACAACCUCGUCAACAGCGGAGUCUGCAGCAAACGCUGGGCCUUCUGGAUUGGCGCAGUGGCGCCUUUUUUGGGGUCCUGGACCCUCAUGAAUGCCCAGUCCACUGCAGGCGUGUUGAAUUGGACUUCUCUGUUUUUUUCUUUGGUUUGCAACUUUGUUGCGCCGUUUGCUAUUUACCUCCGAGCCUGCGAGAAGCUCCCGAGCGAGACUUCUAGGGAAAAGAAGGUCGUCUUGUUCAGCCCCAACCUUCGCCACAACGUGCAGGGGGAGCUGCGGGACCCCGACGCAAUUCGGCUUUCGCUGCUGCAGUGGCUGCAAGCCACUUUUAAAGACGAGAGCCGCGCGAGGGAAGCAGAUCCGCAGCUGCUGCACUUGCUGCUGCAGCCGUCAGCAGCAGCAGCAGCAGCAGCAGCAGCAGCAGAGCAGCAAAGCACUGGAGUGCCCACGCUCGCUGACCAGCGGCGAAUGCUCACGCAGCAAGAAGCAGCCACCACUGCCAUUGCUGCUGCUGCGCUGCAGCUGCAGGAACCAGGACUCAGCAAGA